GCCUGUUUGUUGACAUCGGACGAAAACGAAAAUCAGAUGAGUGAAGACUAAUGAUAAUAACUCCAAUCUCGCCGUCAUCAAGACAUAUAGCCUUGGCGAAAGCUAAGCCUCCUAAGGUCUCCUGCACUGCCCUGUCAUUGAUCUGAGCUGGAGAAGAGGCUAACAUGGCAGCCAAAGCAGGAGACAACCCUGACAGCCUCAUGACUCUGGCAACGAUCUUCUGCCUGAAGAACCUAAGGAAGACCAUGUGCUACCAGGGAUUAAGGAGCAAGCUGAGUCUGCGCUCGGACAUCUUCCUUCCAAGCGAAAUUUGCGACAAGCUGGUCAACACUUACAUGGAGUUGGUCCACACAGACAGUAACUUUGAACCAGAAGAAAGCUUCUUCCAACUAUUCUCAGACCCUCGAAGCACCAGACUGACCAGGGUACAGCUGAGAGAAGACUUUGUACGUGACAGAGAUCUGGAGGCCAUUAAAAAACAGGACCUGAUCGAGCUCCACCUCACCUACUGCAAUAGUCUGUCAUCCCGCAGCUUGAAAACACUGACCUGCUUCCGUGAGACCUUGGUGUCUCUUUGUCUCUUCGGCUGCAGCCACAUCUUCUACAGGAAGGGCGGCGCCCCACUGGCCUGCAACGAAGACACAGAGGACGAGGAUGAGGAGAGCCCUGCUUCUAGGCAAGCUCUAGAGACGGACUUUAACUUCCAGGGAUUCAACCGCCUGAGGUUACUCAACUUAGGUGGCCUGCCUGACGAGGUUGACGCCGAGAGCUUGCUCAAACCCCUGAAGUCUCUCACCUCAAUAGAUCUGUCUAAUGUACAAUUGCUGGGAACAGCUUUUCUCACCCAGUGGAAAGAUAGACUGGCAUCUCUUGUUCUCUACAAUGUGGAUCUGUCAGAGGAGUUGGUCAGUACGGUGGUGGAGAUCGCUAAUCUCAGGCAUCUUGAUGUCUCGCGGGAGAGCAGACGCACCUCUAAAUUUAAGAUGUCCAGGAAAAUCCUGACGGCCAUUGUGCAGCGUCUGGUCAACCUGGUGUCACUCGACGUCUCAGGUCACAUUAUGCUAGACAACUGCACAGUUCCUCACUUUGAAGAAGCUAUGGGUCGGCCAAGCAUCGAGCCUUGCAAGAGCAGCAUCUAUCCUUUCCAGGAGCUGAAGAGGCCCCUGCAGUUUCUGGGCUUGUACGACACCACCCUCUGUAAUGUGACACACAUCCCUGCUUAUAAGGUAACUGGAUCAAAGAAUGAAGACCAGGUCCUGAAUGCCAUUGAGGCUUACACAGAGUUUCGCCCUGAGCUGGCCCACAGAGCCAUCAAUCAGCUGUUUGACAUCGCCAGGAUACAGCACUGCAGCCAACUGCUCCGAGCUUUGCAACUUGUCAUAGCAGCAUUGAGGUGCCAUAAAUAUGAUAAGAGCAUCCAAGUGACGGGCAGCGCUGCUCUGUUCUACCUGACCAACACAGAGUACCGCAGUGACCAGAGUGUGCGGUUGCGCAGAGAGGUCAUUCAGGUGGUGCUAAAUGGAAUGGAGCAGUACCAGGAGGUUACCGUCCAGAGGAACUGCUGCUUGACGCUGUGUAACUUCAGUAUUCCAGAGGAGCUGGAGUUCCAGUACAGUCGGGUCAACCAGCUGCUGCUGAAAAUCCUGGAGCCGGCCAGGCAGGAUGAGUCCAUCCAGAGAAUUGCUGUGCACCUCUGCAAUGCUUUGGUCUGCCAGGUGGACAACCAUCACAAGGAGGCUGUAGGAAAAAUGGGAUUCGUCAAGACAAUGUUGAAUUUAAUUCAGAAGAAGUUACAGGACAGAAUGUGUGACCAGGUGAUGGAGUUUUCCUGGAGCGCUCUGUGGAACAUCACCGAUGAGACGCCCGACAACUGUCAGAUGUUCCUCAACUGUCGGGGCAUGAGUCUCUUUCUGGAGUGUCUACAGGAGUUUCCAGACAAGCAGGAGCUUCACCGCAACAUGUUGGGGCUGUUGGGAAAUGUUGCUGAGGUGAAAGCUUUGAGGCCACAGCUGCUCACCCCACAGUUCAUCUCUGUGUUCAGUAACCUGCUGGACAGUAAGGCAGAUGGGAUCGAGGUGUCGUACAAUGCAUGUGGCGUGCUUUCACACAUCAUGUUUGAUGGGCCGGAGGUUUGGUCCAUGGAAGAGCCACGAAGAGACACAGUGAUGGACAAGAUGUGGGACGCCAUCCAGAGCUGGGACGUCAGCUCACGCCGCAACAUCAACUACAGGUCAUUCGAGCCCAUCCUGCGACUGCUGCCUCAGAGCAUCGCCCCUGUCAGUCAGCACUGGGCCACAUGGGCUCUCUACAACCUGGUGUCAGUUUACCCAAGCAAGUAUUGUCCCUUGUUGAUAAAGGAAGGAGGAAUAACUCUUCUAGAGAAAGUUCUAGAACUGGAAAGCUCACAGCCAGAGACAAAGGACAUGGCCAGCAAAGUAAUGGAGCAGUGUGAAAACUUUAAAGAAGACCCCAUGGAAACCAGUCAAGGACAGGAGGUAAACUAUGGACAAAGAGGUUGACAUCACAGAAGCCAUAACCCCCAUCAAACAUCAAAACCGACCUAAUGCCCCUCACACUGUCAUCACCACAAGGGGCAAUCGUGUGCAUUAUUCUUAUUCUUAUCAUUCUUAUAAUUUUGUAGAGCAGAAAUGUGUCUCUGACCCUCUUCACAGCCGUUCGGACAAAACCUACGACACGUAGGGCUAAAGAUGUGGUGCAGGGAGCUUACCUUUGCUACAAAUAAGCAUCUCUUCUGUUGGGACUGCUUUGUGGGAUGUGUG